UUUGGCGGUAUUUUCUUUUUAGUUUCAGCAAUUUUCAGCGUAGCCGUUGCUUUUAGAAUUUAAUAAUUAAAAAAUGGUUAUUUGAUUUAAAGAAAACAGUGUGAAGUAAUAGAUCAAAGUACUUUAACAUGAACAAUUCUCAAAAUUCAGAUAUUUUCUGGGAAAAUAGCAAUAUUGAUGAUAGCCCACCAGUCUUUAAUGAUACAUCUUAUAAAAUGCUAUUAAUCAAAACUAAUAAAUUUCUUACCACCGAAAGUGUAUAUAAAGAACCAGCAUUUGCUCAGGAAUUUACUUUAUGCCUUGAAGAUUGUUGCGUUUGUGUUUUGCGGUGUCUGGAAAUAAUAAGGUCUUCAGUGGAGAGUACUGAAUGUCAGUCUGUGGAGUUACAAAACUAUUUGGAAGAUGCAGUACUAUUAUUACAAAAAUUGUCAUGUUUUCUGAAAACUCUCAUUGAAACAGUUGCAUUGUCAUGCGGAAGUUUAAAAACAUUUCCCACAACUACUGGUCAAAUUAUUUUAAAUAUUUUUACUCACUGCAAAGACAGCGAAUACUUGUAUGGAAACCAUUUAAAGAUUGUUGAGAAAGAAUUAAGAGAUUUAUUUCGUACUUGUCAUGAACUACAACAAAUGUAUUUGUUGAUAUUAGAGAAACAUUUUAUUUUCGACAUGACGGAAGAUGAACAACAAUAUAUUCUUCUCAAAGCUCUUGAUAUUAAUUUGAAAAUAAGUGAGGUGGUCCAGGCUUUAGAUGUGAAGACGAUGGCGGAGCAGUUGAAAGCUUAUACUGGAAUAUGUAACAAAUAUUCUGAUAGUUUAAUGGAUAAAGAUAUUUACAAUCAUUGUACUGAACUUUUAUGUGGUUUGAUUGUAACUAACUUGAAAACGGCUUUGGAGAUCAAUCAAGAGGAAAAGAUAGUUGUACGUUCUUUGAAAAUUGCCAGUUUCCUAAUAAAAAUAUUAUUGAAAGUAAGCAACAUCUUCAAGCAUGGAGUUAAAAAUGAUUAUGAUAUUGUUCUGCAGACUUUGAUUUAUAUUUAUACAUGUGAUGAUACAAUUCUAAGUGAAGUAUUAAACAAGUCAUCACAGUUUAUAAGCCAAGUUAAUACACUUAUUUUAAAAACAACACAAGAAUUAUUGUCGCAACUACUUCUUGAUAGAAGAUUCUUAGAUUGUUUACUGCAAAGUGAUAUAAGAAAACUGAGUGAAGAUAAACAAUAUGGGUUAAUAUUACUUUUAAUAGUAAUAAUAAAAUGUAGUUUACAAAAUAUAGAUUUAAUUGUGCAAAAAAACAAGCUAAUUGCUUAUAUAUUCAACAUUAUACCUUAUAGUCAAGUAUGGCUUAAUUCAGGGUUGAUGUUUAAAGAUGAGCCACAAAGCUUGGAAGAAAAUUUAUUGGUACAUUUAGUUGGUCUGUCAAUGUGUUUGUCGAGUGAAGAGUUUGAAAUACUAGAGCUUAAACUAUAUGAUGCUGUGUUGGGAGAUAAUACUUCAAAGGCUGUGUUUGUGACUCGUUAUUGGAGCUUAUUGGCAAGGCUAACAGAUUCACAGUAUACUGUACCGACUGUGACAUCUCUAUGUAAAAUGUAUGAAAACUUGGAGUUAAAUGCUUCGUUUAAAAAUUCACCCCAACAAAUUCAAUUGGGACAAACAAUAAGAAGACUUUUUGAAUGUUUACCGAACCAUUAUAAAGUGUUGAUUAAAAAGCAGUUUGAAAUCCAAGAGAAAUAUUAUAGUCUAUGGAGUUUUAUUAAGAUUAAAAAUUUACCAGAAAAUAUACGUGUUGCAACAGAAGAGAAUUUGCUUGAAAAAUUAAUGGUUGAAUUGAAUAAACUUACGAACUCUGAACAUUAUGUGGAAAAGGAUAUUCGGCAAUUGAUAAAUAUAAUGAAAGUUGCUUCGACAUGCACUUUUACAGAAUUAAAUUCUAAUUUUAUAGAUAGUGUUGUAAAAGCUUGGGUGAAAGUGUGUCCUAAAAAUUUAUUCUCUUUGCCCUUAAAUAUAGAUAAAGGUGUAUAUUGGUACUAUUCAUAUAUAGAAGCAUUAGUUUUAUUAACCAAUGAAAUUAUAGAACAAUUUGUUUAUUUCGAAAAUGUACUGACGGUUUUUAAUAUUCUUUCCAAAUUAAUAUUAACAGGAAAUAAUGAAUUGAUAUUGCUUUUGAUACCUUUAUAUUGCAAAAUAUCACUUUAUUUUUUCGCUGAUGAACCAAAUGUUUCAAUAGACCAAAAUACCAAUGAAACAUUCAAAUUUUUACUACUAAAAACGGAACCUUUAGUACAACAGUACACGAUUAUGGAAUUAUUAAAAUAUAAAGAGGAGAAAAAAUCUAAAAAUGUAAUUGGAAAAAUUAUUGAUACAUCUCCGGAAUUGCAAAAAAUAUGGCAGAAGAGCUUUAAUAAAAAUAUAAAUGAACGAAACAAACAAUGGAUGUUAUUAGCUGAUGUAAAAUAUACACACAAAUGUAUGGAGAAUUUUAUUCUAGAAGAUUCAGAUAAAAUUAAAUUGAAGAGUAAUUUCGAGAUGGAUAUUGAUAAUGUAUUUGUUUGUGAAAUAGAAGAACCGGCAAGUAAAAAAAUAAAAUUAGAAGAUGAACAAAACAGAGACAUCGUUAAAAGACUUGAAAACGAUUCCUUGUUACUGUCUAGUACUAAUCACAUAUCUGAUGAAUGUAAAAAGAGAAUUACAAUUGUUUGUGAUAGAUUGAAAAAUAUAAUUUCAUAGAACAGUUUAA